AUGGUGAAUGGCCUGAUUUUCGGAGAGACCUUGGAAAUCGCCCUCGGCAACUGCAAGCCGAUCGGCCUGGGGACUGCGGCGUUCGGCGGGGUGUAUGGUGGCGGGCUGGAGCAGGACGAGGCUGACGCUAUUGUGGCCGAGGCGCUGGCGGCCGGGAUCACCCACUUUGACACAGCGCCGUUCUACGCAGCAGAGCAGUCGUCAGAGGCUGUGCUGGGCAAGGCUCUGGCAGCGUCGGGCGUGCCGCGGAGCAGCUAUACGGUGGCAUCCAAGGUCUGCCGCGGGCGCGACGCGAACGGGCAGUCGACGCACGAGACGACGGCCGAGGCGAUGGCGGCGUCGCUGGCGACGUCAGCGGCGGCGCUCGGCGGGCCGCUCGACGUGGUCCUUGUCCACGACAUCGAGUUCCUCGACUACGCCACGCUUGUCGACGAGGUGCUGCCGCGGCUCAGGACGUGGCGCGACGACGGGAGCUCGCCGGCCAUCAGCCCGGCGACGCGGAUCGGCGUGGCCGGCUACCCGCUGGACACGCUUGCACGGGCCACACGGGAUGCGUCGCCGGACGCUGUCCAAGCGUACGCCACAGCCACGCUGUUGGACGCGCGGCUCGAAAGUGAUGCACCGGGCUCGGUCCGCGGUGCGAUCGGCGAGUGUCUUGUUGCGCCGCACCUGUUCCACGCCUCGGUUACCGGCAUGGGCCUCCUCACCCCGCAGGGCCCGCAGCCGUGGCACCCGCUCCACGGCCAGCCGCGCCACUACGCUGCGGUCUCGGACGCCGUGGCCGCUGCGGUCGAGGCCCUCGCUGCCGCAGACCUCCCCUCGCUCCCAGACGUGGCGCUCUACCGAUCGCUGGCCGCCCAUCAUGCCGGCGUGGGGACGACACUCCUGGGCCCAGCCUCGCUCGCGCAGCUCCGCUCGAUGCUUGCUGUUGUUGACGCUGUCGCCAGCGGCUCCGCCGCCAUUGCCCCGCUCGAUGCCGGCCUUGCACUGGUCGAGGGCAUCAUCUCCGAGCACCUCGCGCCGCUCGAUGCGCCGCCUGUGUUCUGGCCGUCGGGCCUGUGACGGUGUUGAAUGCAGGCAGGCAGGCAGGCAGGCAAGCAGGCAGGCAGGCAGGGAGGGAGGCUAGUACGCACAGUAAACCGCCAC